ACUGAAGGAGGAACCAAAACAAACCCGGAGCUAGAGCAUGUGUUCCUACCCGAGGUGCAGAACAUGGUGCACACUCAAUGCUAGUGUUCUGGCAUUUUUGUUUCAAUUCGGUGGUUUCCAGUUUUACGUAGCCAAUGGACUGACACUGGCCUGCAGAAAUGCUGCUCAAAGAUCUUCCCAGAGAGGCCCUGAUGCGGCCGCUGUCCAGGAAUGAAGUGGUGGGCAUGUUGCUGAGGCUGACCAUCUUUGGAGCAGCGACCUACUACAGCAUCAAAUGGGUUGUAGACGCUAUGGACCCGACUGCCAAACAGAAAAGCCAAGCCAAGAAAAGGGCAGAACAGCUGAUGAAGAGGAUCGGCGUGGAGGGGGUCAAACUAACAGAGUAUGAAAUGAAUAUUGCUUCCCACCUAGUUGAUCCACAGACUAUGAAGGUGUCCUGGAGAGAUAUCGCAGGUCUAGAUGAAAUUAUAAUUGAGCUGCAAGACACGGUCAUCCUGCCUUUUCAGAAGAGACACCUUUUAGCCGGAUCAAGACUCUUUCAGCCUCCCAAAGGUGUCUUAUUGUUUGGUCCACCGGGAUGUGGGAAGACCAUGAUUGCAAAAGCAACAGCCAAAGCCUCGGGCUGCAAGUUCAUCAAUCUUCAGGCCUCCACGCUGACAGACAUGUGGUACGGAGAAUCCCAGAAACUGACCGCUGCCGUCUUCUCAUUGGCUGUCAAAAUCCAGCCCUGCAUCGUCUUCAUCGAUGAGAUUGAAUCAUUUCUGAGGAACCGCUCCAGCCUGGACCACGAGGCCACCGCCAUGAUGAAAGCCCAGUUUAUGAGCCUGUGGGACGGCCUGGAUACUUCUGCAACCACCCAGGUGAUGGUGAUGGGAGCAACAAACAGACCACAGGACGUUGAUCCGGCCAUUCUGCGCAGGAUGCCCGCCACGUUUCAUGUUGGCCUGCCAAACACAAGACAAAGACAUGAUAUCCUGAGGUUGAUUCUAGCAGGAGAAAAUCUGAGCAAUGCCAUUAAUCUGAAGGAGAUUGCUGAGAGGACAGACGGUUACUCUGGCAGUGACCUCCGGGAGCUCUGCCGUGAUGCCGCCAUGUAUCGAGUCCGUGACUACGUUCGCAAGGAGCAGAUGAGGCAGAUCGCUCAGCAGCUAAAGGACUGCGAAGAGGAAGAGGAGGAAAAGCCUGUGGAUGAGGAACGAUUGCGGCCGAUCACCCAGCUGGACCUCCUCUUUGGUCUGGACAAGAUGAAGGAGUCAAAGCGAGCCACAGUCUCCAUGUUACCCAGUGUGUCUGAGGUUCCUCUGGACUAAACACCAGCACUGCACCGCUAACGGGAAAUCGUUCCUCUCGCCACAGUGUCCAUGGUGUGUUUCUCAAGCAGAUGCUCCUCCAACAGGUCACAGAUGCUGUUAGAAUGUCAGCAGCCAUAUUUCUGUUAUUAAGUUUAUUUAUGUAGGCAGGCGUCGUUCAGAGCAUGCUCACAUCUGCACGGCCCUGCUACAUGUGUACAGUUACAGCGCGUUCAAAAAGUUGAAUGUCUCAGAGAAGCCAGUCAUCAGGGGCAGAUUAAAGUCUAUUUAUUUCUUAAGACUGUUUCAUUUGAAGAGGAUAAAGCACUUUUCAUAAACUUGUGAUCCACCUGAGGGCACUGCUAAUAAUACAGCUAACUAUUCCACACCACACAAAUCCUUUUACCGUUCAACCACUUGAUUUGCGCACAAUCCUGCCAGUGAGUUAAGCUUCAUGACUCACGAGUCAUUCAAAGUGAUAAUUCAUAACUACGUCAGAGAUGACUCCAGAUUUUCUUUCUUUGGACAGACAUGUUUGAUUCACAGAGACUUAAAUCACUUUAAAGAGAAAUAAAAGGAAGAACUGAUUCAUCUGAACCCAGCUUCCAGGAUCACAUCACAUUACACUUAUGUUAUCCCAACAUGUUAGCAAGGAAUGCAGAAAUGCCUUUCAGUUACACCACUUUUGGAAAUAACAAGAGGUCUAGCAAAGAAAUACUUAGUUUCACAUCCAGGAUAAUCAUAUCAUUUGAAAGAAUUAGAUAUUAUGUUUUAAUGCCGGAUUGAAGUUGAACUAUUCAAAAACAACUCCAUCCUCAAUCUUUCACCUGGUUACAUUUUACCCUGAGGCUUCUUGGUUUUGGACCAAAGGGAUCUUUACUUGAUGAUUAAUAGUUCAACAUGAACAUUGAAGCCGUCACUGUUUGCUCCUCAAGGUUGUUACCUUAGUUCCUAAACACUUUUAUGUUCGUUUAAUUAUGUCUCUGCUUUUAAAAGUAUGUCACAUCACAUCCAACCAGUGUGGGGUUGUGAUGAAAGAACUGCAGCGAUGUGAUAGUCUUCAUACAUUGAGUUACUGCUCCAAAGGAGUGCAGAUUCUGAAGGUUUCUUUUGAUAUUACAAGGACUUCUGACACUUUAGAUUUUGUUGUUUUGUGGAUGCUGCAAAAGAAGAAGAGUAGAGCAAAGUGUACCACAGGUUAAAUUUAAAACUACUUCAUUAUAGCCAAAGAGCAAACUGUGGACGUUUUGAAGUUCCCAGAGAAAGCAAUUCCUUCUCUGAGCUGUGCAGAAAAAAACAGAUAAGGAAAACAUUUCAGUCUCAAGUAAAGAGACCCACCACUUUAACCAUGAAAUAGGAACCUUAGCUUUAAUUAGCAGAGUCAGGGCAACAAUAAAAAACACAGUUAUUAUCCUACAGAGAAAUGUCUGUUUAAAUAUACUCCCCUGUGAUGUCACUGCUCAGUCUCUCUUGGUUGUUAGUAGGCGUGUUUUAUAGAGAUUGUGCUGUGUGCAUGUUUAUAAAUGUGGAUGCAAACGGCUUCAUCAGAGUUAAAGCAAAGACUUUUAAUGCUCAAUAUGUCGAACCAUCCACAACUGCAAUGGGUACUUUGUAACCUUUAAUCUUCAUUGUGUUAUCCUGUGUUUUAAGUGUCAUAUUUAUUGUGUUUUGGUCCGUUGUCUUGGUUUGAAUGUUUUCUAAAUUAGCUUUUCAUGUCACAAUACAAGUGUCAAUCAUCGUCUGAAAGCAACCGCCUGUCGCUGCGACACAUCAGGGCGUUCUUUGUCAUUUUACUUCCCACUUUAAGGAGAGCAUGGCUUUAAAAUCCGGGACUCUCAGUCGGCUGCGAUUGUGAAGUUGUGGUGACACACUGUUCCCCCUUCACUCUGUAUAAAAAGCCUCAUUAUCUGCCACAUGGUCGCAGCAUGUGUUCUUGGAUCUGUAGGAGGGUCUCACACAGACCUUUCCUCCCACGCAGUCUGAGAAUAACAAUCAACUCUUCUGAUUCUGCGGUGACCACAUGGUGGCGCUGUAGCCUCACUGUUCUGUUACUAGGGCAACCGGGGACACGGACGCCUCACACUUUUAUAGCAUUAUGGCGAGACAAUGAAACCGAGAACCCGGCUAACUGGAUUGUUGCUCUUCAUUAGAGUACCUCAGGUGACAGUGAAAGGUCAAAUGUUGCCAUGUGAACCAAUAAUCAUGUCUGUGCAGCCGACAGGUCUGAGCUGUGUUUGUAGAGGAAGGGAAACACCUGUCUGAAUGCUUUCUCUUAAUGCAAUAUCAUCAUCAGGUCAUUAAGUAGUUAUGGAAAUAAAAUGUCCAUAUGUAGUUAUGUAUAUUACACUGUUAACUAUGUAUAUGUGUGAAAUAUGAUAUGUACAUUCACGUACUGUAAAGUGUAAGUAUGAAAUUACACUGAAGGGAAUAUUUUUCUUUUAUCAACCAGCAAAUCUGACCUCAGUUAUUUCCGCAUGGAUUUGAACCUGUGUCCUCUUCUUGUCAAGUGUAUUAAAUUAAAUAAAUCUCAUCACUCCAAAGCA